AUGUUAAUACAAAAAAAUGAUAAUUAGGAAUUUUUAAUCAAGAAACUUCNAUCUAUUAAAUUCAACUCUAAAUCCUAUACGUUUUAACCCUGUUAUCCUUGUUAAAAUAAUUGUGCUACUUGUACAGUGCCUACUGGCAACAUUUGUUUGACUUGUUAAACUGGUUUCGUUCUUUAAAAUGGUGGUUGUAUUGAUUUAACUUUAAAAAUUCAAAAUGAUCCAACAACUUACAGUUUGGCUAACUGUUAUACUUCUGAUUCAUCUGGUUGUUCAGUAUGUUUAGCUGGAUUUUUCUUGGAUUCAUAAAAAGUCUGCUAAUAAUGUGUUUCACCUUACUCUAAUGUAAUCAUAUUUUUUAUAUUAUUAGUUUGUUUGUGGAUUAAAAGCAGUCUCUCCAACUAAUCCAACAACACCAACAAAUCCAAAUAAUUCAAAUUCUACUAAUCCUGUCCCUCCAAUUUAAAUCGGAGAAACACCUGUUUAACCUGCGAUCAAAUAUAGUUUCAUGUUUGGAAUACUUAUUUUGAUAGCCAUAAAUUGAGAUAUAUAUUGUAUCAAUUAAAGUUAUAAUAAUG